GCUGGAGGCUCCGCCUUAUUUUACCUUACAUGGCUAUUGUAGGGAGGAGUGAUUGACAGCGGCCAGCAGCUGCUCAGACAUGGCGGAGCUUGCAGUUUUGGGGGAGAGCUCUUAGAGAGUUACAUUACUUUCACAGUUGUGUCUGCAAAAUCAAAAGAAAAAAAGAAUAGAACAAAGAGGGAGAGGCGGAUCGCUCUGCUUUUCUCGAAAAAAAAGUCUGGAAAAUGGCAGAAAUGUAGGACUUUCGUGAGCUAGGAAAAAUGCACUGCAGUUUCUUAGUGCAGUCAACAGCCUUAGGCAACAAAAAAAUAUGGCUACUUGUGUCUCUUUCAAUUUGUGAUGAAAAGCUCCUCAACUCAGCCAUUCGUUGCAAUGGCUGCUGUGCCGAUUUCCUAAAGUGAACACACAGAAGAAGUUGUACAUUCUUAUUUUGGCGUUUUUGAAGAAAUUAGCCGUGGAAAAGGUACAGAAGGAAUCGAACAGAAAUGGAACCUAAGCACAAAGAGUUGUUAGAUCAGUACCACCAGAACUUGUUGGAGUCCAUUACAGAUGCAGACAGGGUUAUAGAUUUGCUUGGCAAAGCUGGUACCCUGAGCCAGCUGGAGAGGUUUGAACUGGACAAUAACUGUUCGUCCAGCUCUGAGAAGACGGACCUUCUUCUGAAGAUGCUCAUGAAUAAGGAGAGGGACCAUUUCCCUGAUCUGUGUGUGGCCCUGGAAAAGACUCACCCUCACCUGUAUUCUGCACUUUUUAUGAACGGUGUGGGACCUGUGGACAAUUCUUCAGGAUCGAACUACAGUAUACUGUCUACAAUGCCUUCCGACUCGGAAAGUAGCGGCUCUCUCAGCAGCAUUGGUACGACUGGCAAGCCCUCCUCCCCUCCUCCCGUGCUGAUCGAGAACAGACAGAUGAGUGAGAAGUUGGAGACCAUCCUGUUCCAGCUGAGACAGGUCACUCGUGAAAGGGAUGAACUGCGCAAAAGACUUGCACUUUCUUCUCCUGGUACCACCUUUGACGAUUGUAGGCCCAAUUCCAAACCAAGUCAUGACUAUGAACAUCUCAAGAUGCAGUGCAUGAAGGCCAUGGCAGACCUGCAGUCUCUGCAGAACCAGCACACCAAGACACUAAAGAGAUGUGAGGAGGCAGUCAAAGAGGCAGAUUUCUACCACAUGUUGCACAGCCGCCUUUUAAGUGACCAGUCCCAACUGAAGGAGGAGAUGGAUGCCAUGAAGAAAGAGAGUUCCCAGUUAGUACGGGAACACAACCACCUCAAACAGAGCUGUGAGGAGCUCAAGAGACUGCACGACGAGGACCAGAAGGAGGUCACUGACCUGAGGAUACAGCAACAACAGAUGUUGAGGGAGAAUGGGUCAUCGGAGAUCCUUAACCAGCUGUACGACACUUGCAUGGACAAGCUGGAGGGUGUAAAGAAAGACUACGAUGCACUAAGAAAACGGUACAACGACAAGAUCGCCAGCCACAACACAGAUCUGAGUCGGCUGGAGCAGGCUGAGGAGGAUAAUCGACGUCUUCAGAAACAGCUUGACGUUAUAAUGAAACAGAGAGACACGGCUAUGCACUACCAACAGCAGUAUUCUUCUUCACUAAGGAGAUUUGACUCGAUUCAGCAAGAGUUAACCAAAACCACGGCACAGAAUAAAGAAUUGCAAAGGGAAAUGGAGCGGUUACAGUCUGAGGCGACGCGGUACAAAACUCUUCAGCUGAAAGCAGUGAAGGAUGCUGAGAAAUACAAAGAAGAGCGGGACUCUGUGUUUAAUGAAUACCGCCUCAUUAUGAGCGAGAGAGACCAGGUCAUCAAAGAGGUGGACAAGCUACAAACUGAGCUAGAGGCAGCCGAAGCAAAACUUAAGAACACCUCCUGUGAAAGAAAAGUAGCCAGCGAGGAAAUGGAAGCACUUCGACAGGAGCUGAAUUCGGCAUUAGUGGAGCGAGAUUGUGCAAUUUGUGAGAGGAACGAGUUACUAGAAAAAUACUGCCAUGAAGUAAAGGACAAGACAGAGGCCCAAAAGGAGCUUGACCAGGCCUGUAAAGACAUUGAAACUGUAAAAGAAGAGCGAGACGUGGCCAGGAAAGAGAGGACAGAAGCCAUCAACCAGAGAGACCAGCUGCUGAGGGAGUAUUACCAAGCCAGGCAGAAGCAAGAUUCUGCCACAAUGGACAUGGAAAGAGCAAAUAAAGAAAUUGAGAUGCUCAGGAAGCAGUAUGAGGCCAUGGCCCAGGAAAUGAAAGAGGCUGUGCAGGAGGCAGAAGUGGCUAAGUGCCGGAGAGACUGGGCCUUUCAAGAACGGGACAAGAUUGUGGCAGAAAGAGAAAGCAUAAGAACCCUGUGUGAUAACCUGAGAAGAGAAAGAGACAGAGCGGUGAGUGACUUGGCAGAAGCUCUUCGUAAUCUCGAUGAUAUGAGGAAACAGAAAAACGAUUCUGUGCGGGAGCUCAAGGAAUUAAAAGAGAAGAUGGAGAACCAAUUAGAAAAAGAGGCUCGUUUUCGACAGUUGAUGGCUCACAACUCGCACGAUUCAGCUAUCGAUACAGAUUCGCUGGAGUGGGAGACUGAAGUGGUAGAAUUUGAAAAAGAUAGGGAAGAUAUGGAUUUGAAAGCACUUGGGUUUGAUGUGGCUGAGGGGGUGAAUGAGCCCUAUGUGCCGGGGGACUCUGGAAUAUUUGUUACCAAGGUAGAUAAAGGAAGUAUUGCAGAUGGAAGACUAAGAGUGAAUGAUUGGCUUUUGAAAAUAAAUGAUGUGGACCUUGCUAACAAAGACAGGAAACAGGUUAUCAAAGCAGUGCUUAAUGGAGGAGGAGUAAUCAAUAUGGUUGUCCGCAGAAGAAAGUCUUUAGGCGGAAGAAUUGUAACACCUGUACACAUUCCCUUUGUGGGACACAAAGAUAGUGGAAUCAGCCUGGAGAGUGGAGUUUUUGUGGCUGCUAUUGUACCUGGCAGUCCAGCUGCUAGGGAGGGAUCUCUUUCUGUGGGGGACAGACUCGUUGCUAUUAAUGGAAUUGCACUAGAUAACAAAACGCUGACUGAAUGUGAAGCUUUGCUGCAGAACUGCAGGGAUUCUCUAAGUCUGUCACUGAUGAAGUUUUUCCCACAGAGUUCUUCUCGGCAGAACAUAUUUGAAAACCUGAGAGACUUCGAGAAAACAUCUAACUGUAGGGUUCACUCCUCUGAGCUACACGUGAGGAAUAGCAGAAACUUGAAACACAACAGCUCGACCCAGACAGACAUUUUCAACCCAGACACUGUGGAUGGGAAAGAAGAUCGGAGUGAUUCUGAAGAAACUUCAUUUUGCGACCACAAACCGUUCUCCACUGGCUCUCUGCAUACAAACUCUCAUAGGUCUAUACAGCACGCCUGCCACGGGAAUGCAGGGCACAGUCCGGGCUCCAGGAGUGCAAAUAUGUUCCCAGACCAUGGCUAUGGGAUUGUGGAGGCUGAAAAAAGACAAUUCAACUUUGACCCCACAGUUGCUGACUGCAUCAUGAUUGAAACUACCCUAGAAAAAGGCCACGGACCUAAGCACAGCAGUGGCACUUGGCCAAAAAUGAUAGUUGAUGUUUCAUCAGAAACUGCACAGCUAUCUAUAUUUAAGAUACCAGAGAAACAGAGGAAAUCAAUUUUUGAUGCAGAUACAUUUAAAAGACCAGAAACCCCCUCAAAAAUCGACUAUUUAUCUCCUGGGCAGUUACCAGCACAUUCACCCCAGGCUUCAAAGGUAGUGAUAGCAGCAACUCCUCCAACACCACCGACAAGGAGUGAUUCCUUCAAGUUUAAACACAAACCGCAGACCAGCUCUGCCUCAGACUCCACAAUAACUACAGGAUCACCUCCCACAAGCCCGGCCCAGUCCCCUGUCACCAUGGAAACGAAACAAGAGCUUGCCCAUGAGGGCCGUGACAGGAAUGGCAACCAUUACAUCCUCGAGGGAAGUAUGGACUGCAAUGUUAUCUCUUCAAGGAAAUCCUGUGAUGAGGAUGUUGGUCAUCAGAGAGUUGAGGAGCCAGAAGUCAAGAGACCCAGACCAAAAUCAGCCCCUGCUUUGAGGCAUAAGCUGACUCCUUUGCCCAUGCUUGUUCCGACACUUCAAGAGAACUGUGAGCCUUGCCAACACUCUGACAGUUUUGGUCUUCAUCCAAAGGUCCAGAAUUAUGCCAAAGAAGAACAACAGUCCCCAGAACCCUACGAGUGGGUGCGCUACUCUCCAAAACGCUCUCACAGGCACAGCAUGGGCUUUGUUCCGGCAGUGUACAAUGGGACAGUGUCAGCAAACACUGCAUCCCGAAGUUUGGCACCUUGCCCAGCAGUAACUGCUGUCAUGAGAAAUCCAGUUUACACUGCCUGGAGUCACCGAGUUCACAGUAAUAACUGCCCUGUAGCCACCCAAAUCUGCCAUCAGCGUUCUCACCCCAGUCCACAACAUCAAGGUCGGUUAAGCUUAGACCUUAGUCAGAAACGCUCCAGUGAUUUUUCUGAAGCAUCGAGAAGCAGAUCACAUGGAACAAAUUCCCUACCUUCCAGUGCUCGACUGGGUUCAUCUAACACCUUGCAAUAUAGAACAGAGCGGAUUAAAAUCCCGUCAACACCUCGAUAUCCAAGGUCAAUGCUUGGAUCUGACAGAGGAUCUCUAUCACAUUCAGAAUGCAGCAGCCCCAGUCUGAUAACUCCUCCACAGUCCCCACUAAACCUGGAAACCUCAUCAUUUGCCAGCAGCCAAUCACAAAGCUCUAUUUCUACUUUACCUAGAAUAUCUAUUAGUCCUGUGCCAAUGGGAGAGCACAGGAAGGAUAGAUAUCUGUUCCGUAAUAGAUCCUUUCUGAGAAUCCCUCUGGCUCCUAGGCCUAGGUUCUCAUCACUAAGGAGUUUGAGACCUUACUUGGAAGAACCACGUAAUGUAAUUGUACACAAAGGGGCAGAACCUUUGGGGAUUUCCAUUGUGGGUGUGGAGAAUGGUGGCAUCUUUGUAUCCAAGGUAACCAGUGGAAGCAUUGCUCACCAGGCUGGCCUUGAAUAUGGGGACCAGUUGCUGGAGUAUAAUGGCAUUAACCUGAGGAGUGCCACGGAGCAACAAGCCCGGUUGAUCAUUGGGCAGCAGUGCGAUACCAUCACUAUCUUGGCUCAGUACAACCCACACAUGUAUCAGUUGGGCAACCACUCACGAUCAAGUUCUCGCCUGGAGCCAAUCAGCAAUCAUUCUACUCACCAUGGCAGUGGAGCAGCAACCCCAGACAAUCAUUCUACUCCCCAUGGCAGUGGAGCAGCAACCCCAGACAAUCAUUCCGUUAUUGAUACAGUGAGUGAGCAGGACGAAGGGACGGUGACCCCUCCUUCUAAACAAACCACCCCAACUACCAGCCCUUGCAACUCCAUCAGAAUGUCAAUGGAUGCAACAAAAAAGUUUCCGGAACCACGAACUGUCAUCAUUAGAAAAACCCAGGUGGAGCUUGGAAUCCAGAUCUGUGGUGGAAACCUGUACGGCAUUUUUGUGGAAAAGCUGGAAGAUGAUAGUCCGGCAAAAAGUCCUGGUGGGCUCAUGCCAGGAGACAUGAUCCUGGAGUAUGGUUCAGUCUACAUGAAAAAUAAAACGGCUGAAGAGGCUUACCUUGAAAUGUUGAAACCAGCGGAAUCAAUCACGAUGAAAGUUAAGUACCGGAUUGAUGAGUUCAUGAGGAUCAAAGAUACCCCUGGAGAUGGAUUCUUCAUCAGAGCACUUUAUGAUAGGGUGGCGGAGAUGGAACAAGAUUUAAGUUUUAAGAAGGAUGACAUUCUAUAUGUUGAUGACACUCUUCCCAAGGGGAAUUUUGGCUUUUGGAUGGCCUGGCAGCUGGACGAAAAUGCACAAAAACUUGAAAGAGGGCAAGUUCCCAGUAAAUACAUGAUGGACCAGGAGCUCUACAGGAGACAUAGCAUGUCAGAAAUGAAAGAUGAAAAUGGCUCCAGUAAGACAUUAUCAGCAGCUGCUCGAAGAUCAUUUUUUCGAAGAAAACAUAAACACAAGCGAAGUGGUUCCAAAGAUGGAAAGGAUUUAUUAGCUCUUGAUGCCAUAAGCACAGAUUCAAUUCCAUUCUUGGAGGAUUGUGUGAGUCGGGCCUAUCAGAGGGUAAAGAAAGUUGAGUGUACAUCCCCAAGACCUGUGCUUAUCCUGGGACCUUUAGUGGAUGCUGUAAAGGACAUGUUGGUUAAAGAUUCCCCAGGGAAAUUUUGUCGAUGCCCACUUGAAGUUAUGAAAGCUUCUCAACAAGCAAUAGAACGGGGUGUUAAAGAUUGCCUGUUCAUUGACUACAAGAGGAGGAGUGGCCAUUUUGAUGUGACAACUGUAGCAUCUAUUAAGGAAAUAACUGAGAAGGAUUGUCACUGUUUGCUUGACAUUGCACCUCACGCCAUUGAACGACUUCACAGCGUUCACAUUUACCCAAUCGUCAUUUUCAUUCGGUACAAAAAUGCAAAGCAAAUAAAGGAACAAAAGGAUCCAAUAUUUCUGAGGGAUAAAGUCUCUCAAAAACAUUCCAAGGAACAGUUUGAGAUUGCACAGAAGACAGAACAAGAGUACAGCAAAUUCUUUACAGGUAUUGUCCAGGGUGGCAGCUUGUCCUACAUUUGCACUCAGAUCAAGACUAUUGUCGAUCAAGAACAAAACAAAGUCCUGUGGAUUCCAGCUGGGUCUUUCUAGAACUUUGAAGCCGAGUCACUGACGUGUGCAAUGUUGCAAAGGAGAAUGACAUCUACAUGAUUAUACAAAAUUGAUGCACAAACAAAAAACAAAAAAAAACUAAAUGAAGGGGUAUGGUACACUGAAAGAUGUAUGUCAGUUACAAACCAUUCACUUCUGUAUGCAUCCUAAUAAAAAUGGUGUAACAUGUAACAUAGACUGACAAUGAAACUUCAACUUGGGAAUAUGAUUGGUACAGUACUUUUUUUAAUUCUCCAUUUCUAAGGACAUUUGAAAUUAGCGAUGCUGCAGGAAAAGGACACACGUUUACAUUUUUUUUUCGGAGUAUUAUUAUUUUGUGUUUACUUGAAUGUGUUUUAUUUUUCCUUUCCCCUACCCCCAUCUUCUGACUACAACAGCCCUCCUGAAGUUGAAAAAUGUUAUGUUUUAAGCAUGACAACAGGGUAGCUUGAAUCAUUUUGAGUACCUUUGAAAAUUGAGUGCACUCCUGUACAGGGCAGACCACUGUGUGUUUUAUAAACUUGCCUGUCAAAUGUUUUCCCUUAUGGAUCUAAUAUUUAAACUUCAUAAUAUAUCAGAUCUUAAUGUAUAAUAAGUAAUAAACUAAUAACUAGGUUAUUGGGUGUAGUAGUGAGCUCUUAGCUGGGCCUAGCAUGCUGUUUUGUCACUUAAAAAUGUAUCUAUUUAAAAAGUCAUCCUGGUGCAAUUUUGCAGGGUAAAUCUUAAGCUUGGUGUCUUUUUUUAUUAAUAUUUUUUUUAAAAUAAAUGCAAGCACGAUGCACGGUAAUUGUUGUGUGGCCACUGUUAAUAAACA